AAAUAGAUCGCUUCAAAACAAAAAGUGCUCACAUCAAUUUUUUAAGACAGGUUUUGAAGGUUAACUAUGUUUUAGACUCUGAUGGUGAGACUUUACAUAGUUGUAAAAGCCUUCCUGAAAAAUAUCCAACCCUGAAGUACACGUUGAAGGGUUAAACCUAGAAAAUGAUCUUCAGCUGAGCCGAACUAGUUCAAGUAUUAACACAAUGACUACACAUGUUAACUAUACGGCGCAGCCAUCAGGCCCCUGCCUGUCGCGCAGACUGCACUGUUUUAACGCAGAUUGUCUUAUCAGUGGACGGCAUAGCUGCACCCCGCUACAGCUGAUGGGAGGAGUCAUCUCAACUGAACUGAACCCUUCAUGUACCACAAGAACCGACUCAACACCCAAACAGUCAUUUAUUUAGCUUUACUUAACGGCUCGGCCCAUGACGUUUUGACCCAGACUUUUCUUUAACUAUGCCGGAAGCUGGUGGCUCAGUGGGUGAGACUAAGUCACUGCUUGUGUCUCCAUCAGGUUGAAUUUUUUCAGCAAGAGCUUGUCCUGAAUGUGUUCAACAGCCAACUAUGUUCUCCCGCUGAGGAGAACCUGUGAGGUGUUUGCUGCUCCAGGGAGGCUGUGUGGAGGAGUGCCCAUGACAAAUCAUUUCCCUGGAGCCAGGACUCAUGGAGCUACUCAGGAAACUCAGGAGAUUGACGUGGCUUGGCAGGAGCUGAUGGCCAUCACAGAGCUGCAGGAGUUUGAAGUUCCCAGUCAAAGCUCCUAUGAAACAGCACAGUAUCAAACCAUGGAGUCCAUGGCACCUAUGGGCGCUUACGGCGUGGCUCAGCCCCAUCCGGUGCCUCCUCACGCGUGUGAGCUCGGCACCGCCGGCGCGUACGAGGGAUGUUAUUCUGAGGAGGUGCCGGUGUGUCAGCGGCAGGACGGCGGCGCAGAGGUCAUGUACGGACACGCCGAGUCUGAGCUCCAUCAACGGAUGCCCCCCGUCCUGUCCCACACGCAGCCCUCGCUCAUGGCUCUUAGGGAGCAGAUGGGCAUUUCAGGCACCAGCCAGGGGCACCGGAGGGCCAACGCCUGCUUCUCUCAGGGUUUAAAUCGGCACACGCUCUGGACUACGCAUGGACAUGGCUCACAUGUUCGUUCGGCCGAGGAUCUGGAGUCAGACUCGGGCCUGUCGCUUGGUUCUAGUCCACCUUUGGCCUCCCCAGAUAACCCAGUUGUUGGUGCUCCGGGUUACCGGAGCGUAGACAUGGCUAUGACAUACAGUGAUGGUGAACCAGACAACAUGACUGAGCACAGCAGGCGAGCACACGCACAUUACUCACUUGACUACCAGAGUCACUCUCACUCAUAUUUAUACUCAGGCGCACACUCCUAUUUCUCACCUCAAGCUGCUUUAUCACAUGCCCAACCAAACGCUCGAAACCCUCAGGCAGUGAAAGAACAAGGGCAGGUUCCCGUAAACAAUGACAUGUUCAAUGACGCCGGAGUUUCCAGCAGGGGGAGCUCACAGAGCAGCUUUUAUACAAAACCACAAGGAAGCAUUUCCAGUCCUGCUCCCCAUAGCAGAGAUGAACGGCGGGCAAUAGCUUUGAAGAUCCCUUUCCCCAUGGACAAGAUCAUCAAUCUACCCGUGGAUGACUUCAACGAGCUCCUGACUCAAUAUACGCUGACAGACACGCAGCUAGCACUGGUCAGGGACAUUAGACGUAGGGGAAAGAACAAAGUGGCAGCACAGAAUUGCAGGAAGAGGAAGCUCGAGAGCAUAAUUCACCUUGAAGGAGAACUGAACCAGUUACAGACCCAACGAGAGCACCUGGUACAAGAACGGCUGGAGUUCCAGCGUAGCUUAGCCUUCAUUAAAUGUCGCCUAACAGACCUCUAUGCGGAAGUAUUUACCCACUUAAGAGAUGAAGAUGGACAACCAUACUCCAUAAAUGAAUAUUCACUGCAACAGACACCUGAUGGUAAAAUAUAUUUAGUACCUCAAACGAACAUGCAGAAGAGAGAGCAAUGCUAAAAAACCUGGGGGUUUUAUCCUUAUUUAUACACCUCCUAGAGGCAAAGUGCCCAAUUGUGCCAACUCAGUCAUUGAAUGGAUGUUUAAGUAUCGAUGAACUGUGUAACUGAAACUGCACAAGAUUGUCGUGUAAAAAUUCUUUAUUAAAAAAACGUUUACAAAAACUGCACAGCAGUCUUCCAUUAAAAUCUUCAGCACCUUUAUGGAUGCUCAAGCCUGGGGGGAAGCAAAUUAGGUUAAAAAGGAAAAUAAAAGGUUUGCAAAGUUGUCCUAGUGGUAAUGGUAGUACCUGAUUUAGCCAUUGUCACAGAAAUGAAGCCAGGUUUGAGAUCCUGCGUAGAAACCCCUAUAAAGCAAAGGCAAAUGAGUACAAUGGAAACCUCUAGGGUGACUUCAUUUUAACAGCAUGCAAUAUGAGACCUGUGCACAUUUAAGAGGCCAAUUUACCAGUCAAAUGCAAGUCCAAAUGUGCUUGCAUAGAAGAGUUACAUGUAGGGCUGCACAGCCCACUAUCAGCUACAUGGCAAAAAGAUAUUCAUUCUAUCAGUAGUUGAGAAGUCUGGUCUUACCUACAGACAGCACUUAAGCCUUUCGGUAGCUGCUGCCUGCUAGCCUCAGGCCUCUGUUCUCACUCUCCCCUGCUUCAAUGAUCCUGGCGAUGGUUUUGCUACUUCUCUCCCUCAGCUGGCUUCCAUGGCUAGCCUCAAAGACUUUGCAUGUAAGCUAGCAUCCUCCAGAAGAUGUUUGCCGAACUCAGGUGUGACGGGCUCUUUAGGAUGACCUCACCUCUUACUGCUCAAACCGUAAUGCAGUGACAACGUAGUGGGAAGCGGGGUUGUCCUUACUGCAUGUUCACAAUAUGGCCUUCAUUCCCACUGUUGCAACACCUCAAACCCUCCCUUUCCCAAAUCACUAAAGAGGCUAACAAGAUUUUUAAAAAACUGAAAGAUCAUUUAUUUCAGCUUGAUUUGACGAAGUUACAAAUAAAAACCACUGAACAAAAAU